UAUAUAUCUUAUAUACAAUAGAAGCAAAUUUCCAAAAUUCAUUUCAACUCACUAGUAAUACCAACCACAAAAAUUAUGUAAAAGUCUUCAAAAUUAAUGAAAUUAAAUAAAAUCUAGUAAAAAGUAAUUAGUUGAUUUGAAAAUGAAUAUCACGAGACUUAAAAUUAUUAAUGCCUGCUUGCUGUUCACCUUUAUUUGUGUCUUGACAUUGCAAGAAUAUUUACGAGUCAAAUAUCUGCAAAAUUCACAAAGUGCCGAAUUAAAACAGUACAUCGAUACCAACUGGCACAUGCUUCUGGAUGGUGAGUGGAUCGUAGACUAUCACAAUGGAACCGCCGAUCGUUACACAGAGUACGGGAGUGUUUGGACCGAAGUUGCUUCAGUGAUGGGUGAAAAAGGUUUGAGCGUUGCUAGUAUCGAUAUUUCAAGAAACCCGAUAUUACGUUUCAAUUUGCACGCUAGGAAGUUUCCUGUUGUCUACCAUGUCAUAAAAGGAGUUUAUCACGUUUGUCCCGGUUACAAUGAUUUAAACGCCAUGAAAUUCUUUGUUGAACACAAAAGAUGGCCGUUUUUUGCAAGCAUAAAGCAUGCCAUCGAUGAACUCAAAACCGAGGUUAGGGGUGACGAGUUAUGGUUAAAAUAUACAUACGUUUCUGGUUGUUAUUUAUUUUUCAAUAUACUGUUGGUGUUGUAUCGAUACAAAGGGGAAAUCAUAAAGUUUUUUAAGUUUAUUCUGCAAUGGAAGUCAAAUGACAACAAAUUAAAUGUUAAUGGUAAAGUUUUUAAGGAAAAAUUUACGGAUAUGGGUUCGGAGGCAAGUUCCUCUUCAGAGAAAGAUACUGAAACGAUGAUUUCUUAUAUGAUUUUGCCGGACGAAAUGUAUCCUGAUGAAGCCGAAACACUGAAUCCUCCAUUAUUGGAACCAGAAAUGAGGAAAUCUCAAACUACAUUAGCUUCGCCUACACUAUCCGCAACAAUGUUACUCGACCCGUCGGAAGAAUCAUGUGAUGAUGCCUCUAAUAUAAAUGAUGGGCUUGAACUUGAUCCUUCAAGUGACGAUAUAAACGAAACUUAAAUACAGUUUGCAUAGCACCAACAUACUAAGCAUUGCAGGAUAUUGGAUUGGAAUGAAUCGAAAUGAGACAGAAACAUCCAGAAUCUAAUGAAAUAGUAAAUUGCUAAGAUGUACGUGGUAUUUAAAUAACUUAAGAAAUAUGUAAUUAUUAAGCUCACCUACGACAAGAUACAAAACAACAACAAACUAGUACAGUUAUUCCGAUUACAACACAGGAAGGAUAUUGUGGUACGAUAUUAUUUUUCAAUGCAGUUGAAAAUGACUAAUAAAUUCUUUAUGGCAGGUAUAAUAAUGAAUGUACAUUUAUCUCAUUUGCAUUCACAGAAAUUUAUAUUUUAAAAAUAAAGCUGAUAUAUAUACAUAAAUUA